UCAAAGAGGAGAUGAAGAAGAUUGUGAGGAAGAUAGAGAGAGACACAGAGAGAGAAGAAGAAACAAACAGGAGUUGUACCUGUUUUGAUUCUUGAAUCGAAAAAGGUAAUUCUCUUCUCCUUUCUUCUUUCUCCGCCCCUCGUUCCACACAACAUUGGAUCCUCAUUCUUGCAUCCUGAACAAGUGAAAAAAAGUUGAAGAAUCAAUCAAUCUCAGCAAAUAAGAGUUCAUCACCGUUGGAUUGCGCAUGGCCCCGAGCAAGAUCAGACAAGUUAUCGGAGCAGUGAAGGAUCAAACCAGCAUUGGCCUGGCCAAGGUCGCCGGUAGCAGCUCCCUCUCCGACCUCGAAGUUGCCAUCGUCAAAGCCACCCGCCAUGGCCAGAACCCACCCAACCAGUGCUAUGUGGCCGAGAUCCUCAGCCUUACGUGCUACUCGCACGCCAUGGUCAACUCAUGCAUCGGCAUCAUUGCCAGGCGCCUCAACAGGACCAAGAACUGGGUGGUGGCCCUGAAAGCGCUCCUGCUCGUCCAGCGCCUCCUCUCCCAGGGCGGCUCCGCCUUUGAGCAGGAGAUAUUCUUCACCACGAGGCGUGGGACGCGCUUCCUCAACAUGUGUGAUUUUCGGGACUCAUCAAGGAAGGCAUGGGACUACUCUGCGUUUGUCCGCACGUAUGCCUUGUACUUGGACGAGCUCCUCGAGUUCAGGAUGCAGGGCCACGCGGAGAGGGGCAGAGAUUAUAAGGUGGAGGAGGAAGAGGACGCCGUGGUGGUGAGGGCUCCUCUGGUGUCUGAGAUGGAGAAUGAGGCCGUCUUCUGCAGGGCUGAUCAUCUCAUGCAACUUCUUGAGAGGUUUUUAGCAUGCAGGCCAACAGGUGGUGCUAAGCAUAACAGAAUUGUGGUUGUGGCACUAUAUCCCAUUUUGAAAGAAAGCUUUCAAAUCUACCAUUGCAUAACAGAAAUACUAGGGACGUUGAUAGAGCGUUUUAUGCAGAUGGACGUACCUGACAUGAUGCAAGUCCACGACAUCUUCUCUUGCGUCUCCAACCAGUACGACGACCUUGAUUGCUUCUACAACUGGUGCAAAACUGCCGGAAUCAUGCGUUUCCCCGACUAUCCUAACGUUGAGAAGAUCUCCCAGCCAAAACUUGACAUGAUGAACGACUUCAUUCGCCACAAAUCAUCUAUGCUGCACACCAGGAUGGCCAUUGAGCCAAAGCCCGGCCCCGCUGAACAAGUGUGGACAGAGCCUCAAAAAGCCUUGUCACCAAUUAUGGAAGAAACAGCAGACCAAGUAAACGUCACUCCUGAACCACAACAAGAUAAGAAAACUCAAACUCAACAAGAAGGUGAUCUACUGAACCUGUAUGACGACGCCCCAACGCCUCAAGAUUUAGGGGAUCAAUUGGCUUUAGCCUUGUUUGAUGGCUAUCCGCCCACAACUGCUCCUGCAAGCACAAUCCCGCCGUGGGAAGCCUUCAAGGAUUCCGAAUCAGGGGAUUGGGAGACGGCGCUAGUUCAGUCUGCCAGUCAUCUGUCAAACCAGAGGCCAUCUCUUCCUCAAGGCUUUGAUCCAUUGAUUCUUGAUGGCAUGUACCAAUAUGGGACAAUGGCACACAUAGGAGCUUUCUAUGCCACCGGAAGUGCUAGCAGCGUGGCACUAGGGUCUGCCACACAGGCCUUGCCGGCACUACCAUCACCAGGAUCCAACACUUACUCACCACACAACGACCCUUUUGCAGCUUCUCUUGCCAUAGCGCCACCUGCCUACGUGCAAAUGUCUGAGCUAGAGAGGAAUCAACGGUUGUUAUUACAAGAGCAACUAUUGUGGCAGCAAUAUACAAGAGACGGCAUGCAUGGACAAGUAGGAUUAGCAAAUUUGCAACAAUACAACUCUUAUCAAUACAUUCCAAACGUUUACGGUGCAGCAUGGUAAGCUUCUACCGAGAUUGUUUUGCAUAAACAUUCCAACUACACACACAGAUGAAGUGAAGAGAGAGCCGGAAACUAUGAAGAAAAUUCUGCAACUAGUGAUUUUUUUGAGAGUAUCUAACACCAGUUAGAUAAGAAUCACCACCAGAACAAAAUUGCUUCAAGACAUCUGUUGGAAGAAUAUGAACUUGUUCUUUUCCCACCAAGGGAAACAAGAUUGUGUUUUUGAUGGUUCCUAGUUUUCAAUUUUAGCAUCUUUUACUUGAUGAA